CCUCGGGACUCAGACGGCAGAUAGCGAAGACGCGUCAUGGGGUCCCCAGCCCUCCUGCUGCUGCUCUGGGGGCCCCUGGCCCUGACCCAGACCUGGGCGGGCCCCCACUCCCUGAGACAUUUCCUCACCGCUGAGUCCCGGCCCGGACAUCGCAAGCCCCGCUUCGUGGUCGUCAGCUACGUGGACGACACGCAGUUCGUGCGGUUCGACAGCGACUCCGCGAGCCCGAGGAUGGAGCCGCGGGCGCCGUGGAUGGAGCGGGAGGAGCCGGGCUACUGGGACCUGAACACGCGCAACGCCGAGGUCGCCGCACAGAGUUUCCGACUGAACCUGGACAUCCUGCGCGGCUACUACAACCAGAGCCGGGACGGGUCUCACACCUUCCAGUUGAUGUUUGGCUGCGAAAUGGGACCCGACGGGCGCCUCGUCCGCGGUUAUGACCAGUCCGCCUACGACGGCACCGACUACCUCGCCCUGAACGAGGACCUGCGUUCCUGGACUGCAUCCAACACCGCGGCUCAGAUCACCCGGCUCAAGUGGGAGGCGGAAGGUGUAGCAGAGGAAAGGAGACACUACCUGCAGGGGGAGUGCCUGGAGUGGCUCAGCAGAUACCUGGCGAUGGGGAAGGAGGCCCUGCAGCGCGCAGACCCUCCAAAGACACACGUCACCCACCACCCCAUCUCUGACCGUGAGGUCACCCUGAGGUGCUGGGCCCUGGGCUUCUACCCUGCGGAGAUCAGCCUGAGCUGGCAGCGUGAUGGGGAUGAGCAGACCCAAGACAUGGAGCUGGUGGAGACCAGGCCUGCGGGGGAUGGGACCUUCCAGAAGUGGGCAGCCCUGGUGGUGCCCCGUGGAGAGGAGCAGAGAUACACUUGCCAUGUGCAGCACGAGGGGCUGCCUGAGCCCCUGACCCUGAGAUGGGAGCCAUCUCUUUGGGCCACCAUCCCCCCCCAACCCCUGAGCCUUGUUGUGGGCGUGGUCAUCCUUGGAACUGUGGUCACUGGAGCUGUGGCUGGAGCUGUGAUGAGGAGGAAGCGCUCAGGUGGACAAGGAGGGAGCUAUACUUAGGCUGCCAGCAGCUACAGUACCCAGAGCUCUGAUCAAUCUCUCUUGGCUUUUAAAGCGUGAGGCACGUGCCUUGUGGGGGAACCAGUGAUGGGGGAUUUGUUCGAGCUCCUACUUUGUGAUUCAAGAACCUCUGAUUUCCUUCUGCAAAUGGCAUUUGAAUGUGUGUGUUCCUAUCAGCAUAACGUGAGGAGGUCAGAGGCUGGCCCACCCCUGCCCACCACUCACCCUUCUCAUACUUUCCUGUCCAUCAGAGCCCGGCUGGGCCCUCCCCAUCCCUGUCUUUACUUUGUGGUGCUCAGUGGGGGACUGAGUCAUGGGACAUUUGUCCAAACUCCCACUUUGUGACUCAAGUGAAAGGUUAGCAUGGUGAUACGUGGGCAGGCUACAUAGCCAUCUUGAAUGGAAAUAAAGAAAUAUUGAAUUUAUUUAAGGAAAGAGGGUGGGGGAUGGGAAACCCAAAGGGAAGGGCUGCACAGCACCGAGCCAAGUGGAGGUUGGGUGGAUGGAUGAUGGCAACACCCAAGAUGUGGAGUUUCAUCCUUAUAUGCAGUCACUGGCAGGAAACUCUGGUCAGUGGGUCUCGGGGCUGAAUAGGUGGCUUGGAAUGGGGAUAAAAUGCAGGUGUGGGAUCAGGUGCCUUUUGGAAAAUUUCAGUUGCUUACAUGGUCUAACUCCUGGUGUCUAGCAAGUUGUUCCUGCUCUUGCUCCCCUGUGGCGGGAAGCGUACAAAUGGCCAUUAAGGAUUAUAUUGUCUGAUAGCCCAAACAUCAAGAACCUCUGACUUAAAAAAAAAAUAAAUUCAGAUUGGUGAUUCUCAAAAACAUUUAAUCACUGCCUGGCAAUAAUACUCUACAGAAGUAGUUUUCCAGGUUAUAACUUUCUGUAGAAUAUGUUCAUUACAUUCCUUCAUUUGCCUGUAAGUUAACAUGGUUCCAAAAGUUAAAGGCCCGAGUUCCCAAAUGAAUGUGGAAGUGUUAAAAUAUGUGUGAUUAUGCACACAUUUUAUUUUCUGCACUACUGUUUUGUUUUAAAUAUUUCAUUAAAAAAAUUUUAUUAACAUUACUUGCAUGUUCAAUGCUUUUGUGAUGUAUCAAUUAAAAUUAUUUUCAAU